AUGAUAUCCCAGCUCAUGAAUUUUUCCUUGAGCCUUGUAAGUACAAUAUUUUGUGGCCAUCUGGGGAAGACAGAGCUGGCAGGAGUGUCUCUGGCCAUUGCAGUUAUUAAUGUUACAGGUAUAUCUAUUGGUAGUGGUUUGGCAUCAGCAUGUGAUACUCUGGUUUCUCAGACCUUUGGAAGCCAUAACCUGCUGAAAAUUGGAGUUAUUCUGCAGCGGGCCAUCCUCAUUUUGCUCCUGGCCUGCUUCCCCUGCUGGGCCAUCCUUAUUAACACAGAGCCGAUUCUGCUGGCUGUCAGACAAGAACCAGAGGUGGCAAGGUUGUGUCAGAUGUAUGUGAAGAUCUUUAUGCCCGCACUUCCUGCUGCAUUCAUGUACUCAUUAGAAACAAGAUAUCUGCAAAACCAGGGCAUUAUAUGGCCACAGGUCAUCACAGGCUUUGUUGUCAAUCUUCUAAAUGCACUCAUCAACUACAUCGUCCUCUUCCCGUUAAACCUUGGAGUUGCAGGUUCUGCAAUAGCCAAUGCCAUUUCCGAGUUCUUAAUGGCUGGAAUCCUCUUUGCUUAUAUCAUAUGGAAAGGACUUCAUAAGGCCACUUGGGGAG